GGCGAAGCUGCUGUGGCGCAGUCGCAAUGCCUACAAAAAGCGCAAUGACUCCACGUUCCAAAGCCAAGAUUCCACAUUCUAUUUUGCUCAAGAUUUCGCAUCAUAUGUCUCCGAUCGUUAUUUGCCCAGUGCAGAUCAGUACCCGCUAGUUGCUCGUUGAGCCGCGAGUGGCCCAUCACAUUGGUGUGAAUACGAGAAGCCGAGAAAUGGGGCACAGUGUACCCACCGCUAGUGUACGGGGGGAAAAUAAUAUAAGAUGGAGAGGGCAUCAGUAAAAUUUGGGAAAGGCAUUGUUGUCAUGUUUAGCUGAACAUACUAAUCAUGAUAGUAUUUCAAACGGCACUUUUUUUAUUGUCUAAUCUCUUAGCGGGCCCCGUGGCAGCAUCGAAAUAUGCUACGAGGUUGGACACGACAGCGUCAAACGUCGGCCCGCUCACGACACGCUUUACUCCUCCAGCUUCAUGUUCCGAUAUCCGCACGAGAGUCUUCUACGAAAUUCCAAAGCUCGAAAUGGGAUGUGAAGGGCCCGGGGGGGAUGAGUGUUGCCCUCCUAACUGGCGAGAAGAUGUUUACUAUAGUCCGGGGAUGUGCCCAGCAGGAUACCAAACUUGUACACUACCAACUUCCAAACAACGCCUCGAGACUACUGCCAUGUGCUGUCCGGAUAAUUUCGCCUGUAACGGUCAAGGCCGCUGCACUCGCCCGUUGAACACUAGGGUUCCCCUUACCAUGACCGGCGCCACAACUACCACCACUCGAACGGCAUACGCCAUAACGGCAACCCCCAUCCAAAUCCGCUUUAGAGCCGCCGAAUCGACGAUCGUGCCCAUCCCGACGGCGUCUUUAAAGCUUCCGAGAGGAUAUCUGUACAAGCGCGAAAAAGUGGGUAUCGGUAUUGGAGUUUCGGCUGCCGUUAUUGGAUUUGCGAUUGGUAUAUACUUCUGCUGCUGCUCUGGUAAGAAACGAAGAACGAUGGCUAGGGUACCGACGACUCCUCCGUCAGAGGACAAUAUUACCGCCGACACUCCUGAUGUUCCUCCGCCUGCUUAUCCGGGCCCAAGUGAUGGGUUGGGCACAGCGGCGCCAGUUCCAGGCAGCAUCACUGACAACUGGCCCAUGGGGGGACGGAAGUAGCUCACAGGAUACCUAAAUUGAAGUCUAACACAUAUUUC